GCCGUUUGGGUUGGCGGGUGCACCAUUUACGUUCAGAAGAUUAGUGUCGCUACUGCUCAUGGAUCUAGAUAAUGUCGAAGUGUAUGGCGACGAUGUAGUUGUGUACAGCCAGACAAAAACAGAUCAUGCCAAGCAUGUGGAAGCGGUCUUAAAGCGAAUUUAAGAAUUCGGACUUCGAAUUAAUAAGGACAAGUCACAGAUGGCGAAAAGUAGCAUCGCGUUGUCGGGGCAUAAAGUAGGAAAUGGAGAAAUAAAACCACUGCAGGAGAAAAUUCUGUCCAUAAAGAACAUUGCAGUACCUAAUUAGAAAAGGAAAUUGAGGCAGUUCCUGGGAAGGGCGGCGUUCUACAGUCGGUUCAUCAAGAACUUCAACGAAAUAGCAGCACCCCUUUAUAAGUUGUUGAGCAACACUAAGUUUUCGUGGACUGAAACCGCCCAACAAACGUUUAAUCAAAUCAAAAACAUGCUAGACGACCGCCAGAUGACGCUUAGACUGUCCGAACUCGAAAAACCGUUUACAGUGACCGCAGACGCAAGUGAUCAUGGUAUAGGUGCCGUUUUGAGUCAGUCUGAUAGAGUGGUGGAAUACGCGAGUCGCGUUCUCACGCCUGCUGAACAGAAGUAUUCAACGAUCGAAAAGGAGUGUUUAGCGAUUAUGUGGGCAGUAGACAAGUGGAGACCAUACCUGUUAGGUAGACGAUUUCACAUCGAGACUGACCAUGAACCCCUGCAGUGGCUACAAACAGCACGAGACCCCGUGGGAAGUUGGCGCGAUGGAUGAUACGCCUGCAGGAGUAUGAAUUCAGUAUCGGGCAUGUUCCAGGAAAGGAAAAUGUAAUGGCGGACUACCUGUCAAGACCAGACAUGGAAGCUCCGCUUCCAUUGACAGCAUACGCAGUGAACAGUGUAGAGGGAGACCCACUGGAACUCGUCCGGCCCUAAACUUCGAGAGGUAAUCAGAGUGAUAAAAGAGGGGGCAGAUAUUGAUAAACGAGCAAUGGACAAGGAGGUAAUAAUGUUGCCUCGGCAAAAGGAAAGACUGAGAGCGAACACAUAUGGAGCUCUGGUCUGGCAGGACGAUGACAAAAAUUGGGUGACUGUGGUCCCGAAAGACUGGCGGCGUAAGAUGAUACACGAAUGUCACCAGGUAGCGCAUACAGGUAUCUCAGGAACGACUGAUUUACUACGGCAAAGUGCAUACUGGUCAGGCAUGAGAGACGAUGUGGCCCAAUACGUGUUAACGUGCCAGCAGUGCCAAUUAAUGAUAAGCGAUAGAUACACGCAACCACCAUUGCAGUCAGUCCCAGUAACCGCAGUCGGUGAUCUAUAGUCGGUAGAUGUGAUGGGACCAUUUCUUCGGACGGCUAGCCGUAAGCGAUUAAAGGGGGGACUAGUGUGGUGUGGGCUACUCAUAUCGACAUACGUAGUAUAUAUCGUGAUUAAGGAAUAGAAUAUCUGACAGCAGAAGAUAGAGAAGAGAAAUAAAAAGCAAUUGGUGUGGAAAUCCAGGCACAAUAAAGCCUGAGACAAUUAAGGAACGUUUUGCAAAUAAAUUGCGGUUUUUGUAUUUUAUCAAGCAACGUUGUCAUUUGUGCUAAAUACACAGUUGGUUGCUGUCUUAUGUGUUGUCGUUCACUACAAUGUGAAUGCGUGUAGAGAGAGGGUUGUCCGUCUUCACUCUCGCCCCUAACAGGCCAUUUGGGGGCAAUCACUUGGUAGGAUAUAUACCAACGAUCAACUUGCACGUAAUUAUCGGUUAUUUUGUGCGUGACUUUGCUACUUGAAACCUUGUCGAGUGGAGCUGGCUUUCAAAAUGUAGUUUAAUGGUUGCAAUGAAAAGUGUGCAGACUGUUGACUCACACACAACUGUAUGAUUAUCCAUUGUAAUGGUUACAAGGAAUGAUAGUUUUGUGUAUUUUAGGUGCAGUAAGACUACACUUCAUCUCUCUGCAACAGAGAUUGAAAAAUUGGUGCUCAGUGAUCCAAGAAAACUAUUAUUUUUCAUUUAAGUAGUCUCAUUGUCUUGGCAAGAUAUUUGAACAAACUAACAUACAUCCAGUUUAUUUAAUUAGAUUAUCAUCAGGUGCCUACAAUCUGUAAUAUUUCAGGAUCGAGAUUAUAAAUGGGGUCUAGCAUACUUAGAGAAUUAAACGCAGUCAAAAAUUUUGUGCGAACACGAGUUGUUACAGUGCAACUAAGAUUCUGAAAAUAAAGUUUAAAGAAACCCUAAUUGUUAGGAUAUUCACAAGAAUAUCCCAAAAAUUAUCUCGAAUGUAAAAUGGUAUGUUUCCAGACUCUUCACAUAAUUCGCAUGUUAUUUCCUAUUGGCCAUUAUUUACAGUGUCCUAACUAUGACUUUCAUGUGUCGUUUCCCUAUUGGUCAAUUUUGAGUCGUCCUAAUUAUAACCUUUACGUGUCCUUCUUUUCCAUUGGUUACUGUUAAUAGUCAUCGUAACUGUAUAAAUAUGCCUUAUCUGUAAACCAUUGUUGUUCUGCUGCUGACCCCAUAAACAAUUCUCAUUUAACGGCUGUGUUCUGAUUUAUUGGAGUUGGGAAACAGUACUGGGGUCGAACUAGGAUAUCUGAAUUUGGUCAAUCGGUAGAAUUUCGCGUAGUCCUAUCGCAAUACGCUAUAUUUCGCAUUAUAACAAUUGGCGACGGGGACAAAAGUGAAAAAUGACGCUCCCUUCUGACCGCUUACAGUUGCUAUUUGACCGACAUUUGGAGUUCAUGGUCAAACUACGCUCACAGUUUCUGGAUCAUCAAUGCUUCGCAUAUGCGUCGGAAGUGGAUGUAUUAAUCUCUGAAUUGCACACAGCGCUGGCAAAUGAUCACAGCCUCCAUGAAUCCUCGACCAGCCGCAACUCAAACGAAACAGCAGACUCUCAAGAGACGCCCGGUUGUCCAGCACUAUCCGUUUCAGAAACAUACCCGGUAGUGGAUUCAAACCCCGCUAUCCCUGAAUUAGCAGGUCCUAACAAUGCCGCUUUCAGCUCUCAUCAAUACGAUGCUAUGUUAAAAGCCCAUGAAAUGGUCGCACCAAUCGCCCACAGAGUACCGGUUCACAAGAAGCCCCCUUCUCCAUGUUGGCACUGUGGAGCCUGGCAUUAUGUGAAAGUUUGUCCAUUCAAACAGCAGGUGUGCGAUCGCUGUCAUAAAGUUGGUCACAAAAGCGGUUUUUGUCAAUCUCAUCGACCCAAUAGGCGUCGAAAUGCACAGACGCAACGUCGUUAUACUAAAAAGCAGCUUCCCUCAUCAAGGAGUUUAGCAGCAGUCUUUCACACUCAUGCCGCCACGCGGCGCAAAUUUCUAACCCUCUCAAUCAAUGGUCAACCAGUUCGAUUGCAGUUGGACACUGCAUCAGAUAUCACUAUCCUGUCGAAAGAUACUUGGCGAACCUUGGGUCAACCUCCCAUCAAACCGUCUUCGCAGACAGCCGUUAGUGCAUGUGGUGGUCAUCUCCGACUUCAUGGUGAACUUAACUGCUGUAUUUCGUUCAGAGGUACAACCUUCAAUGGUACGUGCUACAUCACCAAAUCCCCUCUCAAUCUUCUGGGUUUAGAUUGGUUCGAAGAACUUGGUCUUGCCAAUCUACCUAUCAGCACUAUCUGUAAUCAAGUAAAAACUCUUGCUACUACACAACAGCAUGCUGCAGACCUCCAAAAACGAUUCAUUGAACUCUUUCAGCCUGGUCUUGGUCUUUGUUCCACAACUGAAGCUGUUUUGAAACUUCAGCCAGAAGCUACGCCAGUUUUCCGUCCAAAACGUCCAGUCCCAUAUGCAUCCCUACCUCUGGUCGACGCUGAACUGCAACGUUUGGAAACUGAAGGUGUCCUUGUACCUGUUUCUUAUUCUUCAUGGGCUGCACCAAUUGUGGUUGUCAAAAAGUCUAAUGGUUCCAUACGCAUCUGUGCAGACUUCUCUACAGGACUCAACGCGGCGCUGCAACAGCAUCAUUAUCCGCUGCCGAUCCCAGAUGAUUUGUUUACUAUUUUAAAUGGUGGUACCUACUUCGCUAAGCUAGAUCUCGCGGAUGCUUACCUUCAAAUUCCUGUCGCUCGCGAAUCGAGAGAAUUGCUGACAAUCAACACUCACCGAGGUCUUUUCCAGUAUACCCGAUUACCCUUUGGUAUCAAGACUGCUCCAGCGAUAUUCCAGCAGAUUAUGGAUACUAUUCUGGCAGAUGUUCCUGGUGUUGCUACGUAUCUUGACGACGUCCUCAUUGUCGGCUCAACUGCUGAUGAACUGCAUUCCAGAACAUAUUUAGUUCUACAACGCCUCCAAGAUAAUGGUUUUCGCCUUCGUUCAGAGAAAUGCCAAUUCUUUCUACGCUCCGUUAAAUACCUGGGGUUUAUCUUUGAUGCUUCUGGACGACAUCCUGAUCCUCAAAAUACUCACGCAAUCCAGCAAAUGCCUGCUCCCACUGAUGUCUCUUCACUGCGAUCAUUUUUGGGAAUGGUUAGCUACUAUUCAGCAUUUCUACCAUCACUACAUGAGGUACGAUAUCCAUUAAAUCAUCUGCUAGAAAAGAAUGCUACUUGGAAUUGGUCCACGCAAUGUGAAUCAGCUUUUUCAAAACUUAAAGCCAUGUUAAGCUCCAAACUACUGUUAACCCACUACAAUCCGAAACUACCAAUUGUAGUUGCUGCUGACGCUUCAACCCAUGGACUGGGUGCCGUACUACUGCAUGUUUUUCCCGAUGGUUCAGAGAAAGCAGUGAUGCAUGCUUCGAGAACACUAACAGCCGCUGAAAAACGUUAUGGUCAGAUCGAGAAAGAAGCCUUAGCUCUGAUUUUUGCUGUCCGGCGAUUCCACAAAUUCAUUUACGGGCGCCGUUUCACUUUGCUCACAGACCAUAAGCCGCUGUUGUCAAUUUUUGGAUCAAAGAAAGGCAUUCCUGUUCAUUCUGCUAAUCGUCUUCAACGUUGGGCGUUGGCGUUACUGAGCUACGACUUCGACAUCCAGUAUCGACGUUCUGAAGAUUUUGGUCAAGCGGAUGCAUUGUCCAGACUUAUCAGCAAGCACUCUACAACUGAUGAGGAUACACUCAUAGCCACAAUAGCAACGGAAGAUGAUUCUGGUGCAACACUAUUGGCGAAUGCCGUGCGAGCUAUGCCUGUUACGGCUGAAAACGUUCGAGAAGCUACCAGAAACGACCCGAUUAUUCGGGAAGCAAUCACUUAUGUUCAGAGCCGAUGGCCAGUUAAGCAGUUCAGUGGUGAGAUGCUACACCUAGCGAAUCGUCGCAGCGCUCUUUGUGUUGUCAAUGACUGUCUGAUGUUUGGUGACCGUGUAGUAAUUCCAACAACCCUGCGUGCCAAGGUCCUACGCCAAUUUCACGCUGGUCAUCCAGGGAUAAACCGUAUGAAAUCUAUCGCUCGUAGUUACGCAUACUGGCCGAACAUGGACAAGCAAAUUGUCGACUUCGUCAAAACAUGUCCACAUUGUCAGACAGCUGCGAAACAUCCUCCUAAGUUGCCACCAGUACCCUGGCCCAAGUCAGAAAAACCCUGGUCGCGAGUGCACAUUGAUUUUGCCGGACCCCUAGAUGGUACCAUAUAUCUGAUACUGGUCGACUCCUUCUCCAAAUGGCCGGAGAUAUUGCCGAUUGCACCACCCUCUACAACUCGAACCAUCCAACUCCUUAACCAGAUCUUCGCUCUGCAUGGUCUGCCAGAAACAAUAGUAACAGACAAUGGUUCGCAGUUCACAUCCAGUCAGUUUCGAGAAUUUUGCUUGCAAAACUCGAUCAAUCAUGUCCGUUCUCCGCCCUACCAUCCGCAAUCUAAUGGACAAGCUGAACGCUUCGUCGAUACAUUCAAACGUGCCAUGCUUAAGGCAAGAGGGGAGGGAACAACACACGAUAUUAUAGAACGAUUUCUAAUUGUGUACCGGACGACUCCUCAUGAUUUAUUGCCGAACUUCAAAUCCCCUUCGGAGGUACUUAUGGGACGGAAGCUACGAACAAUUCAUAAUGCAAUGACACCCAGGCGAGUAGCCCAGCAGAGUCCUCACAUGAAGAAUACCCGAAUUCUUUACGAAGUUGGCGCAAAAGUGUAUGUGCGGGACUAUAGACAUGGGUAUGAUAAAUGGAUAGAGGGUGAAGUCGCAAAGAGACAGGGGAAGGUCAUGUAUGAGGUCAGAGUAAACAGAGAAAUCUGGACCAGGCACCAUAAUCAACUAAGGCCAAGAGAAGCCAAGAAAAAAAUUGAAGUUACGAAACGCGUCCCACUCGAUUUAUUACUGGAUACUUUCCAACUUCCGCCAAUACCUACAACGGAGGCAACUCAGUCAUCUAAUCAGGCAGAACAUUCUUCCGGUUCUCGGUCGUUACCUCCAAGGAGGUCGGGACGCAAACGCAGAAAACCAAAAAACUUUCAAGUAAACCCACGAUUGCGUCGCUAUUAAUUUUUUCCAAGGGGAGGUGUUAGGAUAUUCACAAGAAUAUCCCAAAAAUUAUCUCGAAUGUAAAAUGGUAUGUUUCCAGACUCUUCACAUAAUUCGCAUGUUAUUUCCUAUUGGCCAUUAUUUACAGUGUCCUAACUAUGACUUUCAUGUGUCGUUUCCCUAUUGGUCAAUUUUGAGUCGUCCUAAUUAUAACCUUUACGUGUCCUUCUUUUCCAUUGGUUACUGUUAAUAGUCAUCGUAACUGUAUAAAUAUGCCUUAUCUGUAAACCAUUGUUGUUCUGCUGCUGACCCCAUAAACAAUUCUCAUUUAACGGCUGUGUUCUGAUUUAUUGGAGUUGGGAAACAGUACUGGGGUCGAACUAGGAUAUCUGAAUUUGGUCAAUCGGUAGAAUUUCGCGUAGUCCUAUCGCAAUACGCUAUAUUUCGCAUUAUAACA